AUGGCACAGCCGAUCCAGUAUGCAGAGCUCCCCAAGUUUAAGUACCAGACCAUCGAGCGUCACUAUCAGACCUUCGACCCUCAUACUCUUAAAUUUUCAUAUUAUCCUGUCAAUUCUACAUCUACCGAUGGUCUGACCCCCAAUAAGGACCAGGGCACCACUGACGCCUCCUCCCCCGCCGCCGAAGCCCCCAAGGAUGACCCUGUCCCUGACCCUGCCCCAGCUACAGAAGAUGGUUCGGACUUUCCUACUGAUGCCUCGUCAUCCUCGCCUGAGGCUGGAGAUUCAACCGAUGCAACAACACCUCCUGAUUCAGUAGAUUCUUCCAGCGAGACGGCCGGAGAAUCAAAAGAGGAAGCCGAGCCACCCGCCGCAGCAGAGAACACAGAGCCCGAGCCCGAGCCGACAACCACAACGACAGAGACCGAGGACGCCGCUCCCGAAGAAGACAAGAAAGACGAGACGCCGGCCGAGUCAACAGAACCUACCGAAUCCACAGAGGCCGUAGAACCGCCCGCCGAACCUGCCGCCGAAUCCCCCGCUGCCGAAGAAAGCCCAGCAGAAGCAGCCCCCGAGGAGGCAGAGAGUACGCCUACUACUAAGGAAGCAAACUCGGAUACUCCUCCCCCUACGGAAGGAGAAGAAGACACAAGCAUAGACACCCAGAAUGAGGAUGACUUCCCAGAAUGUGAUCCUACUGCAGGCCUUGACGAAGUCGAAGCCGAGAAAGAAGCCGCCGCUAAGCAAGCCGAAGAAGACGCCAACGCCGAGGCCGAGGAGAGGGCAGCUGCUGGGAAAGAACUGAUUGAUCUCGACGAGGGUGCUAAGGAAGAAGGGGAGACGAUGUCAGAGGCUCCUGCCGAGGAGAAUCAGGAGACGAAAGAGCCAGCUGCCGACGCUGCACCUGCUGCGGGUGACGAUACCCCGAGUCCUCUUGAGGAGACACCGAAGGAAGAUGAGGGCCCCGCUGAGGCAUCGAUUGAGGAACCAAAGGCAGAGGAGGCAACCGCCGCCGAGCCGGAAGCCAAUGCCGACGCAGGUGAGAAGGAAGGAGCGACUGAAGAGCCAGCCCAAGCGGAGGCUCAGGAAGAACCGGCCGCUGAAAACCAAGAAAAGGAAGCAACAAAGCCUGAACCUGAAGCGGCUGAGGAGGCGCCUACGACCACUGAAGAGGCCCAGCCCGAUGCUGAGGAAAAACCGGAGGAAGGUACAGAAAAGCCUUCCGACGAGCCUGCAGAUGAAGGUAGCAAGGAAGAGCCACCAGCAGAGCCAGCCACAGCAACAGAAGAGGAGGCUAAACCAGAGGAGCCAGCCAAGGCUGAAGAAGAGGCCCCGAAAGAGUCUAAGGAAACGGCGGACGCCCCAGUGGAAGAGCUUGCUCAACCCGAAGCCACUAAAGCGCCCGAACCUGAAGCCGCCGCCGAGGCUACCUCCGAGGAGACACCAGCUGACGAACCGAAAGCGGAGGAAGAAUCAAGCAAAGAAGCAGACGCACCAGCUGCAGCCGAAGAGCCUUCUAGUGAAGAUGUCGCCGUUGUCGAAGAAUCUUCAGAUAAACCUGCCGAAGAGCCUGCUGCCGAAGAGCCUGCUGCCGAAGAGCCUGCUGCCGAAGAGCCUACUGCCGAAGAGCCCACUGCCGAAGAGCCUGCUGCUGCAGAGGCCGACACUGAAAAAGACGCCGCCGAAGAGCCCGCCGCCGAAAGCACUGAAGAGCAACCUGCCGAACAGGAAUCCCCGGCAGAAGCCGCAGACGCGACGCCAGAAGAGGCUCCGACGGAAGAAAAGCUGGCCGAGGAUACGCCUACCGAAGAGCCAUCCGCUGCCGAUGAUGCUCAAGCAGAUGCACCUACCGAUACCCCUCCUGUAGAGGAGCCUGCGCCAGAAGAAACGCCCGCCGAAGAGCCCACCACCGAUGAACCCGCUGCAGAAGCAGCACCGGCCGAAGAGACUCCCGCGGAAGAGGAGUCUGCCAAAGAAAUUCCAGCCGAGGAAGAAGCGGCUGCUGAGCCAGCUGCAGAGGAAGCUGCCCCGGAGGAACCAGCUCAGGACAAUGAGCCUGAACCUGAAGAAGCACCUGCUCCCGAAGAACCCGCAGACCCUGUUCCUGUCGAAGAAAAGCCAGAGGAACCUCAACCUCCGGCUGAACAGGUGACUGAGACCCCUGCUCCUGAGGAUUCUGUGCAUGUCGAAGAGCCCGCUGCGGAAGAUACCGAAGCUCCUGCAGAAGAACAAGAAGCUUCCAAGGAGAUCCCUGUUGAAGCUGCUCCUGAGGAGCCAGCUCCAGUUCUUGAAGAACCUGUUGCUGAAGAACCAGCUGUCGAGGAACCCGAGCCCGUUAGCGAGUCUGCUCCUGUAGAGGAGCCUGCCGCUGCUGAGGAACCUACUCCGGGAGAUGAUUCUGCUACUAGGGAGGUUCCUGCAGAAGAGCCUUCUGUUGAGGAACCUUCCGCCGAAGAGCACAUAUAUAACGCCGCCGAAGAGCCAGUCGACAUCGUGGAACGUGCUCCUGCCGAAGAACCCACUCCAGCUGAGGAGCCUGUUGUUGCCCCUGCCGAGCCUGCUGCCGAGGAACCUGCCCCAGCCGAAGAACCCGCUGCCGCAGAACAGUCAGUUCAAAUUGAAGAGCGUGCGCCCGCUGAGGACCCUGCUCCAGCUGGUCCACCCACUGAAGAGCGUGCUCCUAAAGAGACUGACGUCAUGGAAGAACGUGCCCCCGCUGAACAGCCAGCGCCAGCCGAUGAGGGACCUGUUGAAGCGCCUCCUGCCGAGGAACCGGCUUCCGAGGAGACUCAUGAAGAAAUCCCGGAACCGGCAGGCGAAAGAGGCCUCCCAGAGGACGAGGGUAUGGACCCUGCGGCAGCAGCAGCAGCAGCAGGUGUCGCAGGCGCAGCUCUCGGAACCGCAGCAGGCCUAGGAGCCACCCACGGUUCCAAGAGAAGGAAGAAACGCUCGCCUGACAUGGGCGAAAGGCGCCCUUCGAAGAGCUCAACCGAAGAACACCGAUCUCCACCGAUGCAACGACAAAAGAGUGAUCGGGGCGGUCUGCUCACAAACCGGUGGACCAGGUCCCUAGAUGAGGCUAAGCGACAGCACGAGGCCAGACAGGAGGAGAAACGACGAAAGGAGAAAGCCUAUGAGAAGGCAUACCAUGCCGAGGAGAAGGACCGCGCAAGAGAAGCCAGACGAGCGGAACGCGCCGAGCGUGUCGAGCGUCCUGAGCGCUCUGAUCGAAGAGAGCGGUCUGGUCGCGCCGAACGAACCGAGCGACCUGAACGAGUCGAGAAGGUCGAACAAGCAGAGCGUGUCGAGCGUGUCGAGCGCGCACCUAGAGCCAAAGAAUCCGGGCACAGCAGAUCCCACCACAGAAGCUCAGAUCACUCCGGAAGCCGCGACGGCGAACAGCGCGACCAACGAGACCGUGACCGCAAACCAGGCUCUUCCUCUAAGCACACCUCGUCGUCCUCGUCGGUCAAACCUCGAGCCUUCUUGAAGUACAUGACGGACGGGCAAUCCGAAAACGGUCCUCUUCUCGUCAUUAACGGCGCCAAAGCCGCCGCCAACAUCUCAACCAGCCAUAGCCACGGCCAUCGCCACUCUCAUGAAAGCCGACGAGGGUCCAGCGAGCGCUCCAGCGGCUCCCACCGCACCGAGGAGGAAGAUCAGGCCCGACGUGAGGCCCGACGAGCUCGCCGCAAAGCCGAAGAGGAUGAGCGCCGAAAGGCCGAUGAAGAAGAGGCGCAAAUGAAGGCCGCUGCGGAUGCGAAGGCGAAAGAGGAAUCUGAUAGUCGUCGUCGCCGUCGCGAGGGCGAAGAACGCCAUCGGCAUCAUCGGCAUCGUCGCGAGCCCUCUCCUAUGAGAGGUUCUUCUAAACUGAAGGGCAUGUUCAAGGCCGCCGUUGCUGCGCAUUGA